AUCUCUCAGUCUCUGCGGGUAGAGGCUGACCUCUCAUGCUCCUGCUAAACCCAAACCUCGGACGAUGGCCGCAACACUUUCGUGGUCAUCCCUCUCCAAGUCCUUCCAUUUCCCGCGACACCAUCCCCGUUCCCUCUCCCUCUCGCCUCGCAUCACUUGCUCUUCCUCUCCCUCUCCCUCCUCCCCUCCGUUACAGUUCGACAUCUCCUUUGCUCCGCCCAAGCCCAAACCGAAGCAGACGCCCGGCCCCGACCCCGACUCCCGCGACUGCAGCUUCAUCUCCGGCGCGGGCCAGCAGCUCUUCAUCCCCUGGAUAGUCCGCGGCGAGGACGGCCAGCUCAAGCUCCAGUCUCACCCUCCCGCGCGCCUCAUCCACGCUCUCGCCCACGCCGACACCAAGGAGAAGAGGGCGCCUAAGAAGGAUAAGCCGAAGGGGGCAGCGGCGGCCGCCGGUGAGCCCAAGUACCCCAAGGCGGCGGCCGCUGGGGAGCCCAAGUACUCCAAGGCGGCGCGCCGGUUCUACAACGAGAAUUUCAGGGAUCCCCCGCAGCGCCUCAGCAAGGUUCUCGCUGCUGCCGGGGUGGCAUCGAGGCGGGGCAGUGAGGAGCUCAUUUUUGAAGGCAAGGUCACUGUUAAUGGCUCUGUGUGUAAUACCCCUCAGACUCGAGUUGAUCCUAUGAAGGAUGUCAUUUAUGUUAAUGGGAACCGCCUGCCCAAAAAGUUGCCGCCAAAGGUCUACCUUGCUCUGAACAAGCCGAAAGGGUACAUUUGCUCUGCUGGGGAGAAAGAGUCUAAAUCCGUAUUGGAGCUGUUUGACGACUAUCUGAAAAUCUUGGGCAAGAGAAAUCCUGGACUAUCCAAACCCCGACUAUUCACUGUUGGCCGCCUCGAUGUUGCCACAUCUGGCUUGAUCAUUGUGACUAAUGACGGAGAUUUUGCUCAAAAAAUUUCACAUCCUUCUGCAAAUUUAUCUAAGGAAUACAUUGCAGCAGUAGAUGGUGAGGUGCACAAGCGACAUUUUAUGGCCAUCAGUCAGGGAACAGUUGUCGAUGGAAUUCACUGCAUCCCAGACUCUGUGGAGUUGUUGCCAAGGCAGCCAGAUAAUUCAAGACCUCGUCUUCGGAUUGUGGUCCAUGAAGGCAGGAACCAUGAAGUCAGGGAGCUUAUAAAAAAUGCUGGACUUGAGAUUUAUUCAUUAAAGCGAGUCCGAAUUGGUGGUUUCAGACUUCCAACAGAUCUUGGGAUCGGGAAGCAUGUUGAAUUGAAACCAGUUGACCUUCAGGCACUGGGUUGGAAGAGCUAAGAAAUCACUGCUCAUGCCGGACUGAGUUUCUCUGAACUUUCUCAUGCAAUAGCACUCAAAUGAAAAAUGG